AUGUCCUCGGAAUACGAUUAUCUCUUCAAACUAUUGCUUAUCGGAGACAGUGGUGUAGGGAAGUCUUGCCUUCUGUUCCGUUUCGCCGAUGACAGCUACACCGAAAGCUACAUUUCCACUAUUGGCGUGGAUUUUAAGAUCCGCACGUUGAUGCUUGAUGAGAAGGUCGUGAAGCUGCAGAUUUGGGAUACCGCCGGCCAGGAGCGAUUCCGGACGAUUACUAGCAGCUAUUAUCGCGGAGCGCAUGGCAUUAUUAUCGUCUACGACACCACCGACAUGGAGAGUUUUAACAACGUCCGGACGUGGCUGCAUGAGAUCAACAUGUACGCGAACGAGAACGUAAACAAACUUCUUGUAGGGAAUAAAUGUGAUUUAAUGGCGAAGCGUGUGGUGGAUACGGAUAUGGCGGAGGGGUUCGCCAAGGAUGUCGGCAUCCCGUUUCUGGAGACAAGCGCGAAGAAUUCGAUGAACGUCGAAGCGGCCUUUCAGAAGAUGGCAACUGAUAUCAAAAACCGAUUGGCGAUGAGUGGGGCGUCUGGGGCGGAUUCUAGACAGCAGAACCGCCCCGACAUGCGCCGAGCCACUCCGGAGGAUAAAUCCUCGGGUUGCUGCUAA